AUGGCUACGUCGAUCCUCGGGGAAGAGCCGAGAUUUGGAACGACUCCCCUGGCCAUGCUGGCCGCCACCUGUAACAAGAUCGGGAACACCAGCCCCUUGACCACCCUGCCCGAGUCCAGCGCCUUCGCCAAAGGGGGCUUCCACCCCUGGAAACGCUCCACCUCCAGUUGCAACCUGGGCUCCAGCCUCUCGGGUUUCACAGUGGCUACGAGCAGGGGCUCCAGCGGACUUGCCAGCGGCACGGGCACCGCCAACAGCGCUUUCUGCCUGGCAUCCACCUCGCCCACCUCGUCGGCCUUCAGCAGCGACUACGGCGGCCUCUUCUCCAACUCGGCGGCGGCGGCGGGCGUGUCCCCGCAGGAGCCCGGCGGGCAGUCGGCCUUCAUCUCCAAAGUGCACAGCUCGGCGGCUGAGAGCCUCUACCCGCGGGUGGGCAUGGCGCACCCCUACGAAUCCUGGUACAAGUCGGGCUUCCACUCCACGCUCUCGGCGGGCGAGGUGGCCAACGGGGCGGCCUCCUCCUGGUGGGACGUGCACACCAACCCGGGCUCCUGGCUGGAGGUGCAGAACCCGGCGGGGGGGCUGCAGAGCUCGCUGCACUCGGGCGCCCCCCAGGCCUCGCUGCACUCCCAGCUGGGCACCUACAACCCCGACUUCAGCUCCCUCACCCACUCUGCCUUCAGCUCCACUGGCCUGGGCUCCACGGCCGCCUCGCACCUGCUCUCCACCAGCCAGCACCUGCUCACCCAGGAGGGCUUCAAGCCCGUCCUGCCCUCGUACACGGACUCCAGUGCGGCGGUGGCAGCGGCCAGUGCCAUGAUCUCGGGCGCUGCCGCCGCCGCUGCCGGGGGCGGCUCGGCCCGCUCUGCCCGCCGCUACUCGGGCCGCGCCACCUGCGACUGCCCCAACUGCCAGGAGGCCGAGCGGCUGGGGCCGGCGGGGGCCAGCCUGCGGCGCAAGGGGCUACACAGCUGCCACAUCCCCGGCUGCGGCAAGGUGUACGGCAAGACCUCGCACCUGAAGGCACACCUGCGCUGGCACACGGGUGAGCGGCCCUUCGUCUGCAACUGGCUCUUCUGUGGCAAGCGCUUCACCCGCUCCGACGAGCUGCAGCGGCACCUGCGGACUCACACGGGCGAAAAGCGCUUCGCCUGCCCCGUCUGCAACAAGCGCUUCAUGCGCAGCGACCACCUGAGCAAACACAUCAAAACGCACAACGGGGGCGGUGGGGGCAAAAAGGGCAGCGACAGCGACACGGACGCCAGCAACCUGGAGACGCCGCGCUCGGAGUCCCCCGACCUCAUCCUGCACGACGGGGUGGGCGCCGCCGCCCGCGGACCGGGCAAGGAACCUACCGCGGGGCCCGGCGACUCCUAG